GUAAUAUAUAAAAGAUAGUGCAAUUACUUAAGAAUCAUUGUACUAUAUACAAUCAAAAAAUGGAAAUGACAAGAAAAAGCGAAGUUUUUUUAAUGAAAAAACAAGAAAAAGAAUCGAUGGCUGUGUUUAACACUAUGUCAAAAGUUUUUACAUUAUCAAGAUCUCCAUGCAAUACAGCAUUUCUUGAGACACUGCUUUAGACAAUAAUAUAAUAUACAACAUAAACAAAGCUCAUGCAAGUUUGAAAUGGUUAUGAAUCACAAAAGAAUAUCUUCUAUUGCAUCAAGUUUAAUAAACUAUGGUUACUUAAGUAAAAGUAAUGAGCCAAGUCAACUGUUAAGCUAUGUAAAUUCCAUAAAUAUUAAUAAAGUUCAAAAUAUUGCUAAUGUUACUGGAAUUGCAAGGGAAGAAGUUUUUAAUUUCUUCAACACAACACACUCAUGUAUUAUAAAUGCAGCCACUCCAUUGAAUAAUACAGCCACUACAUUUAACAAUUCGUUUAAAUCAAAUGAAACCAUGAAAUCAAUUUUCUCCUUAUGUUUCUAUCUUGAUGAUCAAUUAAAUGAUGAGCAAUCAAAUGAUUAUCAAUUAAAUUAUCAUUGUGAUAUAAUAGGAUGGAAUCAUCAAGUCAUUGUAUUUAUAUGUUCAUUAGCUUAUAUCUUCAUGAUUAUUAUGACAUUUUUUACAAAAAGAAAGUUUUUAGCAUCAACUUUAUGUUGGGGUCGUCCUGGUUGCCUUUUUCCUGUUAACAUGCUUGACUCUUAUGAGAAUCGCUUUGGUUAUGCUUUGUCAUUUGGUUUAACUGCAUCAUCAUGUUAUUCAGUUAUUUCUUCUGAAUAUUAUGAUAUUGUUGGAAUGAAAAUGGCACAGCAAUUUUCUUUAUUACCAUUUUAUCUUUCAGUAUUUGUCACAAUGAUGUUAGCAGCUAUAAUAUCUGUAUCAGGAGCACCAUUCCUGAUUUGUCAGAGAUUAGAUAACCAACUUGUAGGUGGUUUAAUUGGACUGUGUAUGUCUUUGGGGUGGUUUGUGUAUGAGUUAUCAUGGAAGAUUCCUAUAUUAUCAGCAUGCAGUUUGGGUAAUUUUAAAUUAAGUGGAUUUAAAGCAUUGUCCUUUUUUUUGGAUUUGCCAAAACUUAUUUGUCUUUUGCUGUUAAUAAUAAAGUUUACAUGGACAGUUAUAAUUAAAAUCAAAUUCCGAUUGAAGCAAAGGAAAAAUGGUCAGGGUUUUAUUUGGAUGCAAACAGACAAAACAAAAUCUGGUAAUGAAUAUAUCUACAAGUACGUGGCUUCACUUUUGAAUAGUAAACAAAAAGAAUUACGAUGUGAUGACAAUAAGUUAACAAAGUUUAAAUUUAAAUGGGUGUUUGAUGAUAACAAAUCAGGUUUCAAGUUUUCUCUGAGAAUUAUAUCAUCAACAUUCAUUUCUUGUUUGGCUGUUUAUAUAGCAUUCAUCCAAAUUAUCAGGUUGUAUGAGUUACUAUUUGUUACUAUUGAAAAUUCUGGAGAUUUCAAGAGUUACAAAACUAUCACAGAUGCAUUGUUAGAGCUAUUAGGCAAAUCGUCAUACAUAAAGCAAUUAGUUAUUUGUAUUAAAGUUUCAAUAUGGAUUGCUGCUUUGCUUUCUGUUAGUUUAUUUUUAUAUGUUAUGGUGAACUCCUUAUUGUGGUACAGAUUUCACAUUUUAAGCUUAAGAAAAGGUGACUGGUCAUUUUUGCCUCCCUCUUUAAAAAGACACGAAUUGAUUUCGUCCAUUGAUAUUAUGGUUUCAAGCAUGAAUUUUGCAGGUUAUCAAGUUGCUUAUUCAUUAUGGGGUUUUUCAAUUUUAUUUAUGGCGCUUUUUGUUAUUCUAAUGUUUAUUAGUCAUCAAAUAAUCCUCCCAAUUAUAAACAAGGAAAACUCAUUUCUUCUUAGGCUGAUUAUCUCUUAUUGGCCUACAAUUUUAAUCGGAUGUGUUCUUAUAAUUCUUCAAAGAUUACUUGCUAGAUUCAUUUUAUUAAUUGAAAAAGAUGUGUUGGCUGUUGACAAUAGGAGAAUCUUUCACGGGACUGCAUUCUUUUUGCUUUAUUUCAACAUCUUUGUUGGGGUAUUUUUAUCAGCCUUACGUAUUAUAUAUAGUCUUACUUUGGGAGUUUUGUUUUAUCAGAGAAUGCAAAAAAGCUCACUACCGAGAUCGUUUGAAAACUGGGAUAAUGGUUACAUGUCAUACAUUGGUUAUAUACUUCUUGAGCAUUAUCAUACCAACCCGGUGUUACAAUGUUUUGUGCGACUUUUAUUAGAGAAUAAAGAAAGAAAGUUUUUAACAGAUGAUUCCGAUUUAUAUAGCUCAUUUUAUUCAUUGAAUGAAGCUCUUCCAAAAAUGAAAAAUUUUAAAAAAACUCGCGCCCUCAAUAGAUGGCAUCUUUACGUCCUACUUUUGCAGAAUCCUUCGCUUCAGAAAUUUCGAUCUCAUAGAAUUGUUUCAAAAAACGAUUCAACAAAGGAGAAAAAACCACAUAUUCUUUUUCGCACUAUUACGAAUCUAUGUUCAGGAAGUAAACAUGUUUUUAAUGAUUCUGAAUAUUUUGGUGAAAACAAUGAGUAUGCAAAUUCAACGCUGAGAAAAUUAUCGAAUUGGUCUACAGUUCCACUGGACAAUUCUAAUGCAAAUGGACAAUUCUAAUGCAGUUCUAAUUCUAAGUAUAUUGAUGCACUUGACAAACAUUAUUUGUAAUAAAAUUUUUUUAUUUUACACACGAAAGCAAACUACACUUUGUCUAAAA